ACCAAACUCUUCUGUCCCAAGCAAUCAGCCUUUCACAACAAGGGCGUCACAAUGGCUUUGACAACAACAUUCAGAACUAGCCUGCAGCUUGUCGUUUACUUGGGCUUGGUGUGGGCUUGUGGAAUGGUUACCCUCAGCACAGCUCUCACCAGUUCCUCGAAUACUUACGUAGGCAUAUAUAGCCCUAUUGACAGUCCUACUGCUACGAUAUCUUGUCUCCUCGGAGCCAUCUACACAACCUGGAAUACAUUAGCGAUGUGCUGCCCGACACAGUAUCCAGCCUGCGAGUUCUUAACUAGGUGCGAGGGCGGUACAAAGUAUGGGUACAAUGGGGGCAUUGACUACUGUGAUCAAACCUACCCGGAUUGUUAUACCAUGACCAUAUUUGAUCAUCCCAGGCCUACCAACAGUUGGGUAAAUAUAGGUUGUGCUUCACAAUGGUCCGCCAACACCAUAUACCGCGAAUUGGAAGCCUCGACAACUUCGACGAGCACUACACCAACCACCACACCAUCCGUAUCAACCUCGGAGCCAUCUCUCGCGUCGGCUGUUACCACUCCCACCAGCAACUCACCGUUUCUUACCGCCGCCCCCAUAGACCCGAAGCCCUCGACUUCCAAAGCCUGGAUUGCCGGACCUGUCGCCGGAGGCAUUGUCGCUUUGCUUUUAUUAGGGGCAUUGUUCUUUUGGUGGCGCCGAAGGAAGAGCGCACAAGAGAGGAAUAACACGCCUUCGAUGGCACAAACAGGAGCAGCAGGUGGAUAUUUCCCUGAAUAUGUCGGCAGUCCCCACGGGAACAACCAUACCCCACAACUACAUGGCCCUUCUAGCCCUCCUGCUGCUCCAUAUCACCCUUCGAAUAGUCCUCCACAAUAUAGUUCACACUCCCCUGGACCACAUGAUGCUUUCAACACUUCUCCGUACAAAUAUCCUGCUUCCGGCACUUCCAAUACGACGUCGUGGCAAGGCUCACCGAGGCCAGUGUCUGAGCUAGACUCAACGGGAAGGCAACAUCAACAUACCAUUGCCGAGGCUCCAUGA